AACACCCCCAUUAAAUAUUGCAAUACUAUAAACGGCGCUUACUUUUUAACCAGAUUAUACAUUACACAAAGUAUCAAAAUUAUUUCAUUUUGGUAAAACUAUUUUUUUCCUUUCUCUUAAAAACUCUUUAAUCCCUAUUUUUCUCUCUCCAAAUUCCGGUCGCCGGAAAGUUAUUCCAAAAAAAACAAAACUUGAAAUACCCGUUUGCAUUUUCAUACCCCUUUGAUUUUUGUUAAAAUUGUUGAGUUUAGAUUAAAAAUAAUAAUUAAAAUAAUUUUAAAGGGUGAGAAAAUAGCCGAUUUUUUCACCCAUUUAUUUUGGAAAAUUAAUUUUACAGUUUGAAUCUAGUGAAGUUUUGAAGAGGAACCAGCUGAUCGACUAGAAGAUCUAUGUCGUGUUCAUUUUUCAACCCAGUUGGACUAUCAUGCAGACAUGUAGAUAUGGGCUGUUCCACCACUCGCUUUCAGUGUAUGGGCGCUGUUUGUGGUCCUAUUUGUAAUUGAAGGUAGAGUGAAUCUGAGUUGCCGAGUUUUGACAUGGAAUCGAAGCGAGAAGAAGCUCUCGUGGCGAAACAGUAUGCUGAGAAGAGAUUUGUUGAAAAAGACUUUAUGGGUGCAAAGAAUUUCGCGUUAAAAGCGCAGAUGUUGUGUCCUGAAUUGGAAGGUGUUUCUCAGAUGGUGGCGACAUACGACAUAUAUGUUGCGUCUGAGGGGAAAGUUAACGGGGAAGUUGAUUUUUAUUCGAUUCUCGGGUUAAAACCAUCGGCAGAUAAAUCUUCGGUAAAGAGACAGUAUAAAAGGCUAGCGGUGUUGCUACAUCCAGAUAAGAAUAGAACUGUGGGAGCUGAUGGGGCAUUUAGGUUUGUUUCUGAGGCAUGGACUCAUUUGUCAGAUAAUGCUAAAAGAGCUACAUAUGAUCUCAAGAGGAAUGGUCAACUGUCUUCUACAGUGGCUAAUUGUCCCAAGUCUUCUCUUCCUCCUACAUUUUGGACAGUCUGCACUUCUUGUCAAGUUCAAUAUGAAUAUCUUCGUAAAUACGUCAAUAAGAGGCUCUCAUGUAAGAACUGCCGUGCUACUUUUAUGGCUGUGGAAAUGGGAACAGCUCCCAUUAACGGUUCUUACCCCGUUUCUAAGGCGCCUGAUAAUGGAUACACUAGUAGUCAUGCUUAUAACAACAAUAUGUCAUUCUUCCCUACUAGUCCUGUAUAUGUUUCUGGUAAUGGGGUCCCCGGGUAUCACUCUGGCCAUGGUUCUGAAUAUGUUUCAAACGUGUCUUUUCAAUGGAGCACAUCCCCAGGAUCCACUGCUGGGUAUGUUAGCCCUAAUGGAUUUGAUACAUUUUACCAGACCAACGGACAUCCAAAUAAACCUAGGAAAAAGAUGAAAGCUGAUUCAAGUACCAAUGGAUCAGUUGGCUGUAAUCAAUCAGUCGGCACAGCAAAGGUUACGAGGCCGUAUAAGAAAAGAAAGGUUGAGGGUGGAGGUAAUAUGUCUGUAAAUGGUAGUGAGUUUGGUGGUAGGGUUGUUACCGAAGCAAUGCCCAAGGAAAACGGAUGCACUGUACCCAAGUUUUUUACCACUAACGAAUCCUCUGCUAGGCGACCUGUUCCUCCAUUGAUUGAUAUCAGAAGCUUGUUGAUACAGAAGGCCAGAACAGAAAUCCAGAAGAAACUGGCAGAGAUAAAAUCAUCAUCAUCUGCUGAGAAUGGCGAAAAGCUUCAUAGAGAACCUAGCAGACCUGGAGAAUCACGCAGAAGAGCAAAUCUGUGUAUCUCCCAUUUGGAGCCCAAGAAACUUGGGCCAGUCACUUUAACAGUUCCUGACUCUGACUUCCACGAUUUUGAUAAGGACAGAACAGAAGAGUGCUUCCAACCAAAGCAGAUAUGGGCACUGUAUGAUGAAGAGGACGGCAUGCCUCGCCUUUAUUGUUUGAUACGCCAGAUCAUCUCGAUGAAUCCAUUCAAAAUUCAAAUUAGCUACUUGGGCUCUAAAACGGAUACUGAGUUUGGAGCAGUAAACUGGAUAGAUUCUGGAUUCACUAAAUCUUGUGGACAUUUCCGGGCUACGAAUGUUGAUAUAAUCGAAGGGGUCAACAUAUUUUCACAUGUCUUAAGCAGGGAGAAGGCAGGACGAGGAGGGUGUGUUAGGCUUUUCCCGAGAGGUGGAGACAUAUGGGCAGUGUACAGGAACUGGUCAAAGGAUUGGAAUAGGUCAACUCCUUACGAUGUGAGGCACCAAUAUGAAAUGGUGGAGGUUAUGGAAGAUUACAACGAAGAGGUUGGGGUAUGUGUUAUACCACUCGUUAAAGUAGAGGGUUACAAGACGGUAUAUCAGAAGAGCACGAACAAGGCUGCAGUUCAGUUGAUCCCUAGGAGAGAGAUGGUCAGAUUUUCACACCAGGUGCCGUCUUGGUUGCUGAAAGAGGUGAGUGGUUUGCCAGAUGGAUGCUGGGAUUUGGAUCCUGCUGCAAUUCCAGACGAACUUCUUCAACUGGUGAACAAGGAUGUGGAGCUCCAAGAUUUACAUAAAACAAAAAGUGAGAAAGACUCCUGAAAAAGAAUGCCACUCUUUUUGAGCAUUCUUUAUGUUGUUUAAUGGGUUGGUUUAACUUAAUACGAAUAGAGAAUAUGAUAAAGUAGGGCAGGCAGGGGGUUCACCUUAGGAUGAAUUAGAGUAGAUCUGAUGUGGGUCACAAGCGGAUCCACUACAUUGAACCCUAAUGAUUUUAGAGGGUUCAUAUCGAUCUCAUUGAGUGAUUUUACAGGUUUGUACACUGCCCAUAUGUAGCAUCUUGUACUCAAUUCUUAAAUUGAUUUUACUUGGUUUUACAGGUUCUUAAUAA